AUGACAGAUUUUUGGAAGUUUUUUGGGAAUUUUUUUGUUUUUUAUUUUUUUUUUCAAAUUUUAAGACAAAUAAAAAUGUUUCUGACACGCAGCGAGUAUGAUAGAGGUGUUAAUACUUUCUCACCUGAAGGAAGACUUUUCCAAGUUGAAUAUGCUAUGGAAGCGGUUAAAGUAAACUUAUUAAAAAAUUUCUUUAAAUUAUUUUAUGUCCUAGCUUGGCACUACAACAAUUGGAAUUCAAUCGAAAGAAGGAAUUGUUUUGUUGCUGCCUCCGCUGGCCUCAUUGCUGAUGCACGCACUUGGGUGGACCGUGCUCGAACUGAAUCUCAGGAUUAUUUUUUUACUUAUGGCCAAAGAAUUGGGAUUGGCCAUGUUACAAUGAAGGUUUCGGAAAUUGCUCUUCAUUUUGGUGACGAUGAAUCAACGAUUCGACUCGGUCGUCCAUUUGGAGUUGCAAUGCUAUUUGCUGGUGUUGAUCACACAGGGACUGCUCUUUACCAUUUGGAUCCUUCUGGCACAUAUAUUCGUUGUAUUGCAAAAGCUAUUGGGGCUGGUGGAGAUGGGGCAGAACAAGCAUUAAUUGAACAUUGUAAAGAAUGUGAUAAGAAAAUGACAUUAGCACAAGCACAGAAAGUUGCGUUAACAACACUUAAACAAUUAAUGGAAGAGAAAAUUAGUAAUAAAAAUGUUGAGAUUGUUAUAAUUAAACCAGAAAUGGAAGAUGGAGAAAUGACUGGUAAAAUUACUUGGUUAAAUGAAGAGGAAAUUGGUCAAGCACUUAUUGGAUUGGAAUAA